AAAAUAUAAUCUACCAAACAUAAAUUUCCGUACGUUUUGCCCUGUGUUGAAUUAAAAUGGUACUGUAAAUAUCAUGUAACAGAGGAAAAACGCUUGAAAACAUUGAGGGGAAAAAAUGUGGGUGAGCGCAUGCGCACAACCAGGAAACCGGAUGAAGGCUAGUUGGAGAAGUAGCUAGCUGUUACUUUAGCAAACACACAAGCUAACGGCUGCAGCUAACUAACUUAUUAUAUUCUCUAUACAAAGGAAAAAUCAGUGUAUCUGUUGUUUUUCAUGUCUGUAGUGUUUCAUAGCCGGGUUACUGAAGUUAACUACGUUUGUUUUGUUGUGUGUAAAGCCAGACCGCAGGAUAGAGAGAUAGUUAACGCUAAUUAGCUUAGCUGUCGUCAGGUUAGCUUCCUGACCGCAGCUCGGGGGUGGAAGUUAACGGGAAGGCCUGACCUGCCUGCGAGAGAUAAAGUUAGAAAUACGGUUAAAAUAAUCGUUUAUGUUCCUGUAAAUGAUGGAGGUUUGAGCUCUGCUCUCUGUUCUGACCUGCUGUGUAAUUUUGGUGCGCGGUUUCUAGCUAAUUUGGGCUGCUGUGGAGGAGUUUAAACGCCGCGAUGUCGGGCGCGGAGGAGUCCCCGGGCUCAGCGGUGCUGGUGGCGGAGCUCUCGCUGUCGUUCCGGGACGAGCUGGCGGCCAGCAUUCAGAGCGCGCUCGGCGUGGCCGUGGAGCUCGCGGUGGCGGAGGUGACUAAACUGGUGAGCCAGGCCAUGAGGGACGUGCGUGACCAGAUGCACGAGACCCUGCGGGACAACAAGCGGCUCGAGUCCCGCCUACUCGCCGCCGAGAGCGAGCUGCGCUCCGUGCACGGCCGCCUGGCGGAGGCGCAGCGCCAAGCCAAGGCGAUGAUAAGGGUCGUGGAUCCGGGCUGUUCCUCCGCGAACGCCCAGGAGCGGGACGACAGCCCCGCUACCGACGUACAGGACUUGAGUCCUGAGCGGAUCGCAGAGUGCCUGGCGGACCUGGACCGAAACUACGGAGCGAGAGCGUCCCGAGAAGCUGAUGAUGGAAGAGGGGAUGGAUAUGAAGGGGCUUCUUCCUUCUGUGAGAUAAGAGAAGAUGGGAGCGUGUGCACUCAGGGUCUUAACCCAGAUUUAACCGAUCAGGAGUCCGCUGGGAAACAGCGGGUGGAGGCUACUAAAUGUGAGCCACCAGAUGGAGAAGACUAUCACAGUUCACAAGGAAGCCCCUCACAUUUCAAUCAGGCAUGUGUUGCACCAGUGGAGGAACCUGGAGGAUCUGCAGACCUGAUGGAGGGAUCUGCAUUGCAUGAGCCUUGCAUGUCAGCACCUCAGGUAGCUGUGAAGUUGGAGAAGCCUGAGCAGUGUGGUGACCCUGAGUGUGCUCCUCUCUCAGAGCAAGAAGAGUUUGGUUCAGACUGCCUCUCGCUGGCUCAGUCGAGAUUAUUGGACGAUUGGAGGGCUGAGUUGCAGCUGCAGAAUUGUCAGGCAGAUCCCUACACCUCCUCUGGCAGCAACGCUCUGGCUGAUCCUUCCAUCUUCCCGGGAGAGAUCCCAGAUCUGGACUUUCUCACUUCUCCUGCAUCCAGCCAGCCAGACCCGUUCCCUUCUCCGUCACGCUCACACAGAGAAGCCCCCUCUAUUUCAAAUCAGGUUCCUAAUCAGCUUUUCCCUGCCCACACCUCAGGACCCAUUCAGCAUCUCUGCAAAGUUUGUGGCCAGUCCUUCCUAAGGCAGGUGGAUCUUCGCAAGCAUCGAACCAUCAUGCACCCGAAAACGUCGGGGGUCCAUCACCGCAAGGCUCCCAAGCACAACCUGUUUCCCCCAGGACGCAGCCCCUACCACUGCUCCCAGUGUGGGCGAGAUUUCAAUCGCAUGGAGCACCUGAAGAUUCACCAGAGGAUACACACUGGCGAGAGACCGUAUGUGUGCACCGCCUGCAGUGCUUGCUUCCGCCACUCGUGGGCGCUGACGCGUCACUUCCGCAUCCACACGGGGGAAAUGCCGUACCAGUGUGGACAAUGCGGGAAAACCUUCCGGAACUGCGGGGGGCUGAAGUUCCAUCAAAGGUCACAUGCCAGGGGACAAGUGGCCUAACAAACAUUCAAGUGUGAAGGUUAGGGGGUCGGCAACCAGAAUGAGGGAAGAGACACUUUGUCCAGUUUAAACAAACAAAAAAAUAAAAUACCAGUAUGGAGGCUUCAGAUCUUUUAUAGUCUUAUUAUAUUAUGAUUUUUUAGUCAUUGUAUUUAUUUUGUGCAUGAUUUUCAAGCAGGAAUAUAAACCCUCUUUUGCUCUUCAUGACGCUUAGGGCAAAAAUUAAGUGUUAAUACACAAUACUUCUCAUGAGGUUUAUUAUGACUAACAUGGCUUUUCAUGUUUAUCAGAAGUUUUAGAAUGCUCUAAGUCUAAAGGAAGGUUUAAUUAGCUGCUAUAAAGCAUGCUUUAUCUUACUCAUUUUGCUCAUUUAAAAGCAUUGUAUGUUGAACAUGCACUGCAUCCUCUCGCCAUGUGGAACCAUACAUAGAGUGUGUCACACUCACUUUUUUGGUUUGUUUUAAUGGAACAAUAUGGGAAAAGCUCUAAUAUUAGCUAAAGUAAUGAACCAUAUAACCUUUAUUCUAUAAGCCUGAUUAUCAUAAAAACGCACUUUAGAUUGGCACAAUUCUCAGUGUAAUUUAAACUUUUUAAACCCCAAGUGUUAAAGCUCGUGUUGAUGCUUUUAUUGACUUUGAACCCUACACUCUUAAAAUGCUGCUACAAUGCUAUAGAAGAACCCCUGUUGGUUCCGUAAUGAAGCAUGUUUUGGUGCAUUUUCACUGCAUGGUAUCUACACCUCUCGAAUGAUCUUUGCUUGAAUUUUUAGCGCGCCAUAGACCUUGCAGAUCGCUAAAUGUCCAGAGAUUACAGAGGCAUUACUCUGCGCAGUGCAAAGCAGACAUCCUGCACAAAUGAUCCAUUUCUGAAAUGUCCAAGCAACAAUGGCAGUCACCUUUGUUUGUGUUUUCGACUUUACGAUUAUUUUAUGAGAAGUACAAACAUUUCUUGAAUUAGUGGCUGACAAGAAUUUAAGGUUGAAAGAACCUUUAUUUAAUUUUUUUUAGCAGUAAAAGUUCUUUUAACUUACAUUUCCUUUUACUGUAUAAACAUAAUUAAUUUUCGGAGGUGCCAUGUAGAUGAAAGUUGGAAGGUAGUUCACACCUCAAACUCUUACUUAGCUCUACUCAAAUUCAUUUAAAUGUUGAGAUGCUGUGCACCGGUUGUGUGGACUGAGGUGGCCUUUGUUUCAGGACAAUCAAAUGCUACAACACCCUUUAUGUUUGUGCAGCUAUGGGACACAUUCAUUGGAUUAUUAGCAGCUACUCCUUGAAUUAAUUUCAGUCAACACAGUUAUGAUUAUUAUCUUUAAAAAUAUAUUUUUUUAUUUGCCAUGAAUUAUUUUGCUAAUUUUACAGUGGUGCCACAAUGUAUAGUAGAAGAUUCACAUGUUGCCGACCUCUGGUUUAGGGAGAAGAUUUGUUUUAACUGGAUGUGUAUUUGAAAUGUUUGAGGGAGACUUUUGUUCGUUUUACUUAAAAUGACUUUUUAUGUUUUAUGAAGUUACAAUUAAGGUCAGUGUUUUAGUUCAUAGCUUUUGCAUAGCUGGACAUUUUGCUAUUUGAACUUGUUCUAUUUAGAAAGAAUUUUUCUUAAUGUUUUUCAUUGCUUUCCUGAUCUUAGGGGGAUGACAUGAACACUUGAACAAAUGCUGACUAAGUUUUGGACACAUCACAUUGAUCUUUUUCUUCUCUAACAUGUCAGCCAGAAAACACUUCCGAGACAUGCAGGUUUUUCCUUUAUGAUGAUGAUGUGACAAAUCAGCCAUCCAGGCAUACUGGUGAUCAGAAUGCAAAAAUGGUACUAUUGUUUUUUUUAUAUUGAAGUGCCUGGUGACCAAAUUGUUAUUCUGAACAUAAUGUUGCUUUCUGUCCAGUGUUUCUUUGUCUUACACCAGAUUUUAAUACAAAUGUUCGAACUGAAACGGUUCCAGUAUGUUUAUCUCACAAUAUUUACUUGAAUCUCGUAUGGCAGUAAUAGAAAUAAAAUCUCUAGCUGCCCUCUAGUGGGGUUUUUCCUGAAGUGCUCUUUA